UUUGUGCCAACACUGCACUUAAAGCAAAGCCACCACCUCGUCACCAAGCUUACACAAAGCAGACAAAGCAACAGCUUGGGGGUUUUAAGCACUUUGGGAAGCAACUCAAUGGCUUCAUCGUCAUGCUCUACAUCUAUGUUACAUAGGGGCUCAUUUAAUCCAAAACAGAUAAAAAAUUGCAAUAAAGAAUUGACAUUCAAUCAUUCAAGUUUUUGUUGUAAAUCUUCAGAUCAUUGUAAGUCACUUUCUGCAACUACCGAUAUUAAACCAUCAAGAUUGUUAUUACUGAAUGAGAAAUCAAUGAAAUGGAAGCAAACCUCAAAGUUUUCCUUAAAAAAUUCAGUUCAGUGCCGAGCACUUGAAAUUGAGAAUAAACCUUCAUUUACCAUAGGAAAGAAGUUUCAACUGGGUGAUGUGAUUGAAGCUCAACAGUUUGAUAGGGAUACUCUUAGUGCUAUAUUUGACGUUGCACGUGAAAUGGAGAAGAUUGAGAAGAAUUCACCUGGAAGCCAAAUACUUAAGGGUUACUUAAUGGCUACUCUGUUUUAUGAGCCCUCUACUAGAACUAGGCUUUCAUUUGAAUCUGCUAUGAAACGGUUAGGUGGGGAAGUUUUGACUACUGAGAAUGCUAGGGAAUUUUCGUCUGCUGCUAAAGGGGAGACACUUGAAGACUCUAUAAGAACUGUUGAGGGAUACUCUGAUAUUAUAGUUAUGCGACAUUUUGAAAGUGGUUCUGCCAAAAGAGCAGCGGCCACGGCCAACAUUCCUAUUAUUAAUGCUGGAGAUGGUCCUGGACAACACCCAACUCAGGCCCUUUUAGAUGUCUAUACUGUUGAAAGAGAGAUAGGGAAGCUAGAUGGCAUCAAAGUAGGCCUUGUGGGAGAUCUUGCUAAUGGAAGGACGGUUCGGUCACUUGCAUACUUGCUUGCCAAGUACCAAGAUGUAAAGAUAUACUUUGUGUCUCCUGAGGUGGUAAAAAUGAAGGAUGAUAUUAAAGAAUAUCUGACAUCAAAGGGUGUGGAAUGGGAAGAAACUUCUGAUUUAAUGGAAGUGGCUUCUAAGUGUGAUGUGCUAUAUCAAACUCGCAUCCAACGAGAACGGUUUGGAGAGAGAAUAGACCUUUAUGAAGAAGCUCGAGGCAAGUACAUCAUGGAUCGGGAUAUAUUAAGGGUGAUGCAGAAGCAUGCCGUGGUGAUGCACCCGCUUCCAAGACUCGAUGAGAUAACUGUGGAUGUCGAUGCCGAUCCUAGGGCUGCCUAUUUCAGACAAGCCAAAAAUGGUCUCUAUAUUCGGAUGGCUCUUUUGAAACUCCUGCUUGUUGGGUGGUGAGAAAAGCUCCAUCUCCACCUUCGAAUUGUAUAGUAAUUUUUUUGGGCGGAUUAUUUUCUUCAGAGCAAAAACUUUAUCGCAAAAUCUGUGACAGUUUUGCAGUUAAAGGAUUUUCUCCCAAUAAGUUAUGUGGGAUGUUUGAAACAAUUUUCUGCUGUGAUGUUUGAGACAAUUUUGUGCUUAUCAAAA